AUGAGUCUUGUCGACCCUCUCCCAGUCGGUACAAGCCCUAGCAGCCAUGUCCUCGACGGCACCAAAACCAACUCCGACGUGAGGACUACCUCAAUCAUUCCAGACUCCCCUCCAGUCACCGAAGCAGAUUUGAAAAGUGAACCAACACCGCGCUUCGAAAUCGAGGAACAUCCAGUCGACCAAGUCCGGAAUAUCAAAGUCGGUAUCAUCGGUGCCGGUCUGGCUGGUGUGACAGCCGCAGCAUUGUUGCCUGCGAAAUUGCCGGGUAUAGAUUUGACCAUUUAUGACAAGAAUAGCGACGUGGGUGGCACGUGGUUUGAGAAUACAUACCCAGGCGUUCGCUGUGAUGUCCCUGCGCAUGUAUAUCAAUCCGGCUUUGAGCCAAACACUCAAUGGACAGAGGAGUUUGCACAGGGCCACGAGAUUCGCGACUACUGGCAAAGCGUAGCAAAGAAACACGGCGUCUACUCACGUCUGAAAGCCAAGCAGAAGAUCCUCAAAGCGGAAUGGAUUAAUGAGGAGGCGAAAUGGAAAUUAACCAUUGAGGAUUUGAAUCAUCAUAAGAUAAAGGUCUAUGAAGAAAAGCUGGACUUUAUCGUGUCUGCUAUUGGCCAUUUCAACGCCUGGAAACUUCCAGAUUAUGAAGGAAUUGACAAGUUCAAAAACACACUGUUCCAUUCCUCAAAUUGGAACCACAAUAUUGACCUUAAAGGUAAACGGGUCGCUCUGAUCGGUAACGGUGCCUCGGGUCUACAAGUCCUGCCAUCCAUCCAACCCAUAGCGAGUCACGUCGACCAUUAUGCUCGAAAUCGUACUUGGAUCGUGGACUCCUUCGGCUCAGUUGGUGUGCGCAGGCUCGAGCCUAAUAUUAUUAGCGAAGAGGAUAAAGAGACAUAUCGCAACGACCCGCAAAAAUACCUUGAGUAUCGCAAAAAGACCGAAUCCGACUAUUUCCGUCGCUUUGGGAAUAUAUUCAAGGGAACUCCCGGUCAGGAAAGCUUGCGUGAAAAAUGGUCGGAGCUUAUGCUCAAGCGUGCAGGUCCAGAACUAGCAGACAAGAUCAUCCCUGACUUCCCACCGAAUUGUCGACGACCGACGCCUGGGCCGGGCUACUUGGAGGCACUCUCGAAGCCAAACGUCAGCUUCAUCCAAACCCGCAUUCAGAAAUUCACUGAAACGGGUAUUGUGACUAUAGAUGGUGUCGAGAGGGAAGUGGAUGUUGUUAUAUGUUCGACUGGCGCAAAUGUUGACUUUGCACCCCCUUUCCCAGUUAUUUCCAACGGUGUCAAUCUGCAGGAGGCAUGGAAACCGGGUGGAUUAUACGGCUAUCCAAACAUCUAUCUCGGCAUGGCUGCACCGGGAUUCCCCAACAUUAACUGGAUUGGUGGGCCUUUAUCGGCUGGAUUUAGCGGUACAGUUCCUAACAGCUUCGAAAACCAAGUCACGUAUAUCGCGAAAGUGAUCCGCAAGCUACGCAGUCAGGGAAUCGCCGGCCUUGCACCAUCGUUCGCAGCCACAAAGGACUUUAUCGAAUUCGCCGACCAGUUCUUUCCGCGAACUGUAUGGACGGGCAACGACGACUCGUCUGAAAAUAACAAGAACUGUUCAUCCUGGUACAAUGGCGGGAUUCCCGGUGGCCGAGUCGUGGGUAUGUUUCCCGGUAGUGCAGCUGCUGCGAAUUAUAUCCGCAGAGAUCCUAGAUGGGAGGACUUUGAAUAUACCUAUACGAAUAAGAGUGGGAAUAGGUUUGCGUGGUUGGGGAAUGGUUGGACAACGAGGGAGUCGGGUAACGAUGAUGAUGCCGUGGAUUUGACGCCGCAUUUGAGGUUGCCAGAGGAUACGGAUUUGAGGUCGCAUUGUGAAGGGUGGUGGGAUGUGUAG